CUUGAACAGCUCCUAGAGAGAACAAGGCGUGCGGAGCCCAGAUCACCAGCAUCAUGCUCCUUGGGCUUGGAUCGUAGAUCCCCCUCUUUGAACAUUAAAAUAACUCCUUCGCACAUCAGCGUCCCAGACAGACCCAGCGAGACAACAGGCACGUGAAAGAGAGAGAAAAGAAAGAGGAGGAAGAGAAAAAUCUGCAACCAAGUGGACUAAAGCAAAAAGAAAGAGUGCUUUGCUUGCACAGCUGCAAAGUGGGAAUUUAAAGAACUGCAGAGAGAAAUUCCAGCUCAUCAGCACAUACACAUUGCAGAAUUACAGAUCCAGGUAGAAAUGACAUCAACAGGGAAAGAAGGCAGCGGAGCUCAACAUGCACAAUAUGUUGGACCCUAUCGUUUGGAGAAAACCCUAGGAAAAGGACAGACAGGGCUUGUGAAGUUGGGGGUUCACUGUGUCACAUGUCAGAAGGUUGCGAUAAAAAUUGUCAACAGAGAGAAGCUCAGCGAGUCGGUGCUAAUGAAGGUGGAGCGGGAAAUAGCCAUCCUGAAGUUGAUAGAGCAUCCCCAUGUUUUAAAGCUGCAUGACGUUUACGAAAAUAAAAAAUAUUUGUACUUGGUGCUAGAACACGUGUCAGGUGGGGAGCUCUUCGACUAUCUUGUAAAAAAGGGAAGAUUGACACCAAAAGAAGCCAGGAAGUUCUUCCGACAAAUCAUCUCUGCUUUAGACUUCUGCCAUAGUCAUUCAAUAUGCCACAGGGACUUAAAACCAGAAAACCUACUGCUGGAUGAAAAGAACAAUAUCCGGAUAGCAGACUUUGGGAUGGCAUCGCUGCAGGUUGGGGACAGCUUGUUAGAAACCAGUUGUGGAUCACCGCAUUAUGCCUGCCCUGAAGUUAUCCGGGGAGAAAAGUAUGAUGGAAGGAAAGCAGACGUCUGGAGCUGUGGAGUCAUUUUGUUUGCGUUGCUAGUGGGUGCCCUGCCGUUCGAUGACGACAACUUGCGGCAGCUGUUGGAGAAGGUGAAACGUGGAGUGUUCCACAUGCCACAUUUUAUCCCUCCGGACUGUCAGAACCUCUUGCGGGGGAUGAUUGAAGUGGAUGCCUCGAAACGUCUCACGCUAGAACAUAUUCAGAAACACAUAUGGUAUAUAGGGGGUAAGAAUGAGCCAGAACCAGAGCAACCAAUCCCUCGAAAGGUGCAGAUUCGUUCUCUCCCUUCCUUGGAGGAUAUUGAUCCAGACGUGUUAGAUAGCAUGCACUCGUUAGGCUGCUUCCGUGACCGAAAUAAACUCUUACAGGACUUGUUGUCGGAAGAAGAAAACCAAGAGAAAAUGAUUUAUUUUCUUCUGCUUGACCGGAAGGAGAGAUAUCCUAGUCAUGAAGAUGAGGAUCUUCCCCCUAGAAAUGAAAUAGAUCCCCCCAGGAAGCGUGUGGACUCCCCAAUGCUGAACAGGCAUGGGAAGCGACGACCAGAAAGGAAGUCGAUGGAGGUUCUCAGUGUGACAGAUGGCGGCUCCCCAGUCCCUGCUCGCAGAGCUAUUGAAAUGGCACAACAUGGACAGAGGUCUCGGUCAAUCAGCGGAGCUUCAUCUGGGCUCUCCACCAGUCCUCUCAGCAGUCCAAGGCCUAUCAGAAAGUUCUUCAUCCCCCCUCAGACCUCCGACCUCCCUUUCUCUCCCCGACCCCAAGUCUCCUUGGACCCCGAUGCUUGUAGGAACGCCUCCAGGCCUGGACAUGUACUCCAACCAAAGCCAGCACUUCAGCCCAACCCAAAGACGCAGACUUUGCCAUCCAAGAGCAAAUUGGCCGAAAAACCACUCCAGUCUACUAAAUCCAACCCACUCCCUUCCAGCAAUGCCAGCGCACCCUCUUCCCAGAACAGCCCCGUGCAGAAUGCCCCGGGCCGCUCGCCUGCUGCCGGCUUUAACCCACAGCUGGCUGUUCCUAAAUUGCAGACCAACCCUAUGUCUCCUGUUAGAUUACUCCCUUCUAGUACUGACCCAAGCACCAAAUCUAUCCCCAUCAUACAGGUCACCCCUCACCCCUCUCCAAGGGGAAGUCCCCUCCCUACCCCCAAGGGGACACCUGUCCAUACGCCAAAGGAGAGCCCAGCAGGCACACCCAACCCAACACCACCAUCCAGCCCCAGCAUUGGAGGAAUGCCAUGGAGGACACGGCUCAACUCAAUCAAGAAUAGUUUCCUGGGGUCUCCUCGCUUCCAUCGCCGGAAAUUGCAAGUACCUACACCAGAGGAAAUGUCCAAUUUAACCCCAGAAUCAUCCCCAGAGCUUGCCAAAAAAUCCUGGUUUGGUAACUUCAUUAAUCUGGAGAAAGAAGAACAGAUUUUUGUGGUCAUUAAGGACAAACCACUAAGCUCCAUUAAGGCUGAUAUUGUCCACGCUUUCCUGUCGAUUCCAAGCCUCAGUCACAGUGUCAUCUCACAGACAAGUUUCCGUGCAGAGUACAAGUCCACAGGAGGUCCUGCUGUCUUCCAGAAGCCAGUGAAGUUCCAGGUGGAUAUAACAUACACAGAAGGGGGAGAAGCGCAGAAGGAAAACGGGAUCUAUUCUGUCACUUUCACACUCUUAUCAGGUCCAAGCCGUCGUUUUAAGAGGGUAGUAGAAACCAUUCAGGCACAGUUGUUAAGCACACAUGACCAGCCUUCAGUGCAGCAAUUAUCAGGCAGCCCAUUGAGUAACUUCUUUGACGUAAUUAAACAACUUUUUUCAGACGAGAAGAACGGGCAGGUGAGCCAUCCCCCCGGCACGCCAACCAAGCAUAGCGCAAACAGCAAGCGGAGCGAUUCCGGUUCUAAUGACUAUGGGUCUAGAGGAGACAAUAAGUACCCUGCUGGCAAAGACAAGGCAAAGAUGGUCUCAUCAGUCGGCCUACAAGACCAACCUUAAAUAAACACAUAAAAAAUUAAAUAACUUAGAAACAAAAUCAGAAACAAACAAACAAAAAAAUAAAGCAAGAAAGAACGAAAGAAUAUUCCUUAGCAAGCUAGCCUCUAAACUAGAAGGAUGUAUAUACCUUGCCACAACAGUACAAAACUGUCUAUAGACAAAUUUUGUAUGAAGGAAUGACUGUAUAUAUAUACAUAUAUAUAUUUAUAUAUGAUAUAUAAUAUAUAUCUCAGAAACAAACACAAAAACAAACGAACGAAAGAAUGAAAAGAAAAGAAAGAAAAGAAAAGGUAGCACAGAUGACAAACCCAGUUCGACAGAUCUUGGGUUGUGGUUUUUUUUUUUUGAUUGCUUUUUCUUUUUUUUUUCCUCCCUUUUUUUGAAUGUUUUUCUUUUUUUUUUUUCCUCCUUCCUGAUUUUUUGGGUUUUUAUUAUUAUUAUUACUUUUUGUUUUCUUUCGGUUUGUUUCUUGUUCUGUUCAUGCUCUCUCUGUGUUUCUGACGACACCACUUGUUUCCGCUCUGCUACCAGGAAUUAUCCCGAAAAGUUAACAUGUCAGCCACGGCUUCACCUUCUGUGCUCUGCGGACACUUGUUGACGGAAGGCAACCGAUGUAGACUGUCCAAGGACCAGUCCUGUUUGAGGUUCCCAGCCUCCCCUCUCCCUUCAGGAAGUGGGUUUCUCCCCCACUUCUCCCCAAACAUCUCCCCAAUGCACGCUUUUUUUGUGUUGCUUUUUUUUUUUUCCUCUCUCUUUUUCAUUUUUGGUGCUCCACAAGAGAGAUCUGCUCAGUUAUGGGAUUGCACAGUCUGGGCUGAAAGGAGGUUGCAAAUUGUUGGAGUGAAACCUUUGCCCUUGGCAGCUUCUGUCCGCGCAGGUGAACUCAGCCUGGAGCGGGAGGGUGUGGGGAAGGAGAUGGGGUAGUGGGAGCGCAGUGUUGCGUGGAUCCAGAGUGUGUUCUCAUCAGAAACCAGCCAGGAGCAACUCAAAACUAAGCCUUGAACCAAGACAACAUUGGGGAGCUUCAUCACAGGAUUUUCUUAGCCUUCUUUUUCUCCCCACCACCUUUUCUGUUUCUUUUGCCCCCGUUUUUUUAUGUAUAUACAUGUAUAUAUGUGCGUAUAUUUUGAUAAAAAUAUACAUACAUGCAUACAUAUAUAUAUAUAUAUAUAUACACAGAAAAUAAUUGUGUUUUGUUUUGAUUCGUUUUGUUUUUAAUGCUGUCUCAUUUUGCUUUUUGACCUGCUGGAAGGGGAAAGGAGUAAACUUAGGAGGGAGAGGGGGGUUAAACGAAUAAACACAUACAAACAAAACAUGCAAACUUAGGGAAAAGGCAACUUCUGGUAGCAAAGAAGAGGGACAAGACUCUGCCAAGGACUGUCUCUCCUGCCGCCAGGCAUGGUUGCUGCUGCUGCUACUGCUGUUCCUCCUUCGACACCUUCCUCCCCAUCUGUCAGCUCCCUGCCACUGUGCCACCGCGCUGGGACCUUCUUCCACCAGCUGGAGCCUCCACCGCACCCUGCAUUUAGAGGCAAUUGUUGUGUUGCUAGUGCUGCAUUGAUAUCAGUAUUAUUAUUUCUUUAAGUUCCCGAUUUCAUUCGUUGGCUUGGGUGAAUUUUUUUCUUAAAAAAAAAAAAAAAGAAGAAAAAAAGAAAAAAGAAAAAAAGAAGACGAAGAGGAAGAAAAGAGACUUACCUUGGGUUUUAUUUCCUGUGUGUGUGUGUGUGCAAAUCACUGGCACUUCGUUCAUCUGAGCAAGGCAAGGUGGAGUCAGGGCAGUGGGAGACUUAAUCACGAAGCUACUGUAAACUUUAAAAAUUACUGCAAGAUAUUUUUAUAAAGUUUUAGUUUUUCUUUUUGUUUCGUUUUGAUUUGUUUUGUUUUGGUUUUGUUUUCUUUUUUUUUGAAGGGGAGGAGGGUGGGCUUGGGUGGAUGGGGACCUUUCUUUUUUGCGUUUCAGUUCUUAGGUCUUGGUUAUUUAUAUAUACAUAUAUAUAUAUAUUUAAAAAUAAGCUGUUAGAUAUAUCUUCUGUUUAAUAACUGUGUAGAGGCAACAUCGAUUCUUAUUUAUUUUGCGGAGGAGGGGGAAAAAAGACACAGCAGCCCCGUAAGUGUUCAUCUUGUGACUUGGAGAAAGAAGAAUCGCCGCCUUUUUUCCUCCUCCUCGAGAGUUACAUGACCAAGUGUAACUUAUUCUGGCCCAAGUUCAAAGGUUAAACAAACAGACAAAGAAACAAACGUGGUUUUACGCCUGGAAGACAAAACGCAGUGAGAAGUUCUUCUUGACUGAGAUUUUAAGAAUGUAGGCUUAGCAUUAGUGUUCAGCUCUUUUAUGACCUUCGAUUGCUGCUCGUUGGGUUCCUAUGGGUGUAUGUUGUAUCGCAAGAUUAUUAUUAUUUUUUUUUUAAAUGAUAAUGUUGUAUGAGUUCUUUUUGGUUGUUGUUGUCGUCGUUGGUUUUUUUAAUCAUUUUUCCCCUUCUCGAACCAGUUUUACUUGUACAUAGGUUUGAAGAUUAAAGCGGAUUUUUAAAGACACAACUGGGGCAAAGACCUUUGACUUUGGCCCCGCUUCCCCAUUCCCCCAAAACGGGAGGGAUUCAUUUUACGUUUCCGUUCUAUUUAUUUAUUUAUUUUCCCUACUCCCAAACCUUUUCUCUCGUAUUGCUGUGUGCAUGUCAGACACCGGGGGGUGAUGGCUGGGGAGGGGGGGAGGCAAGGGUGCAGGAGAGGGGGGCAGUUUUAAUUGCAUGACAUUGCUGUAAAUUAGUCUCUUUUGCUUUCGUUGUCUUUCCUGCCUCCGCCCUCUCUCUACUUCUCCUCCGAGCUCCCCUCCCAUCACCCCCGUCCUUCUUUUCCCUCUUUUCUCUUCCCUUGUGUAUAGAUUUUGAUGCUUCUGUUACAUUGUACCUCUACGAAAGGCUGGGAUUUCAAUACAAAAUAAUAAUAAUAAUUUAAAAAUACCUAUAUCAGCAAAACCCACGCGGUACAAGCAGGAAGGGGAUUACUUACACAAGAUAUAAGAAUAAACGAAAGCAAUACCUCUUGUUAUCCUUCCUAUUUUGUACUUUGAAGACACACACGCGCGCACACACACAUAUACAGACACAAACUGACGUUAUUUAAUGGUUUAAAAUGGACAACAAAAUCUGAUGUAUCCCUUGUUAAAUAACUGUGAGCAACUUUAGUUCAAAAACCAAUAAAUUCAUUCAGUAAAGAUA